GUCCUCUUCCGCACGCCGCCGCCGCCGUCCGCUCCCGUCCGUCCUCGUCGCGGCAUCGCGCUCCUGCUGCCCCCGCCCCGUCCGCAGUCGUUGGCCAUUGGGUUCGAGAUUCUGUUGUGUGGAGGGGUUUUGUUGGUCCACUGGGGAAAUGGAUGCCCCAAUCCAUCAACUGUUUGGCAGAACAUGAUAGUUUAUUAAACUGCAGGACUUCACUAUAAAUAUAUAGCUCAGUUAAUUCCUCUGCAACUUAUUUCUUAUUCAAUAUGCCACCAUGGUGGGGAAGGUCUUCGUCCAAAGAAGUAAAGAAGUCGGCCACAGAAAAUCUAAUUGACACAUUUCAGCGGUUCAUAAGUCCAAGUGAGCAAAAGGGGAGCACAAAAUCACGAGGGGGUCGCAGACGUGAUAAAGACCAUACUGCUGAGAAGCGUUGCUGGUCUACUGCCCAUUCACGCUCAACAUCCCCUUCAAAAGAGGUUUCUCGCUGUCAAAGCUUUGCAACAGAUAGAGCACAUGCACAACCACUCCCUCUUCCUAGAUCACGUGCUGGAGUGAGACGUAUUGUAUCUGAUAAACCCGACUCAAAGCCCGUUUUGGAGAAGAGUGGUACAGGACAUCAACUACCACUGCCAGCCCUGAACCGGCUUGCAACUGCUUCUAUCUCCAGCAACAGUUCUAUUGACAGUGAUGAUCGUGCAGAUUCUCAACUUCAGAGCCCCGCAGGAAAUGAGGUGACCAAUGUUACAGCACCGAGUAGUUCAAGUGGCGUGCGUAAAAAGUGUUCAGGUGCUACCACCAGAUGGAGCACCAAGGAAGUGACAAAACCAAGAAAUGCUUUUCCUAGUAACCAAAUUCUGUCGACAUCUCCAAGUGGUGCUGUCACUGACAGUUACCAACCUAGUUUGCAAAAUUCACGACAAGUUGCUCUUGAGAGUGCUCCAAAUAGUUUGAUGUCAAGCCCUUCUCAAAGCCCAAGAACAAUAUUUCCUGACCAGAUUCCAACUUCAGCUUUUUGGGCGGUGAAGCCUCAGCCAGAGGUAGUUUUCCUUGGGUCUGGUCAGUGCUCCAGUCCAGGUUCAGGGCAAACAUCUGGGCAUAAUUCAGUGGGAGGUGAUAUGCUAGCUCAGUUCUUUUGGCAACCUAGCCGAGGUAGUCCAGAGUGUUCACCAAUUCCAAGCCCAAGAAUGACGAGUCCUGGUCCAAGUUCAAGGGUGCAUAGUGGAAGUGUCUCCCCGUUGCAUCCAAGGGCUGGUGGGGUGGUACCUGAAUCUCCAACUAACCGGCGUGAUGAGGGGAAGAAAAGGCAAACCCACCGAUUGCCCCUUCCACCAUUAAGCAUCUCUAACAGUUCCCCAUUUUUACCGAACAACUCUGCACCAACAAGUCCUAUAUCUCGUAGUCCUGGUAGAGCAGAGAAUCCACCCAGUCCUGGACCACGGUGGAAGAAGGGAAAGCUGAUUGGGCGUGGCACAUUCGGCCAUGUAUAUGCUGGCUUUAACAGUGAUAGAGGCCAAAUGUGUGCAAUGAAGGAGGUUACCCUUUUCUCAGAUGAUCCUAAGUCAAAAGAGAGUGCAAAACAGUUGGACCAGGAAAUAUCACUUCUGAGCCGUCUGCAACAUCCAAAUAUUGUACGAUACUAUGGAUCUGAAACGGUUGAAGAUAAGCUUUAUAUAUACCUGGAGUUUGUGUCCGGUGGGUCCAUCCACAAGCUUCUCCAGGAGUAUGGACAGUUUGGUGAACAAGCAAUUCGGAAUUAUACUAAGCAAAUACUUUUGGGCUUAGCUUAUUUGCAUGCGACGAAUACAGUUCACAGGGAUAUUAAAGGUGCAAACAUAUUAGUAGACCCUAAAGGCCGCGUAAAGCUUGCCGACUUCGGAAUGGCGAAACACAUCAAUGGGCAGCAGUGUCCUUUCUCACUUAAGGGUAGCCCAUACUGGAUGGCUCCUGAGGUUAUAAAGAAUUCUAGCGGAUGCAACCUUGCUGUUGACAUAUGGAGUUUAGGAUGCACAGUUCUAGAGAUGGCUACCUCAAAACCUCCAUGGAGCGAAUAUGAAGGGAUUGCUGCAAUGUUCAAGAUAGGGAACAGCAAGGAGCUUCCACCAAUACCGGACCACCUUUCUGAAGAGGGCAAGGAUUUCAUACGACAGUGCCUGCAACGUGAUCCAUCUAGCCGUCCAACAGCAGUGGAUCUUUUGCAGCAUUCAUUUGUACGAAGUGCGUCACCACUUGAAAGACCAGCCGCCUCUGUUCCAUUGGAACAAUUGGCUGCUAUAUCUUGCAAACCAAGUUCUAAGGUGGUUAGGCAGGCCAAAAAUAUGCACUCUUUGGGCUUGGAAGGGCAAUCCAUUUACCAAAGAAGAGCUGCCAAGUUUUCUUCAACAAACAGUGGGAUUCAUAUUCGGAGUAAUACAUCUUGCCCAGUUUCUCCGUGUGGAAGCCCUCUUCUAAGGUCAAGAUCUCCACAACAUCAAAAUGGUAGAAUGUCACCGUCUCCGAUUUCUAGCCCCAGAGCUACUUCUGGUGCUUCCAGUCCUGUGUCAGGUGUCAAUGGAGCUAUUCCUUUUAGCCAUGCUAGACAACCAGAUUACAGCAAUGAGGGAUUCACAAUUGCACCGAGAGGCGUUGAUAAAAACUUGCCUGCCCGGCCUCCGGAUCCGGUCCUUGGUCAUUUUGGUAGGGCACAGCAAUUCUCGGCAGUCACUCAGGACAGGGUGAUCUCUGAAUGUGACAUUCUGAGACCUCAGUCUGGAAAAAUGAGACGGCUCAAUGUGCAAGAUUUGAAUGCUAUGACAUUGCCUUCCAAGCAUGUUUCUCAGCAUGGCUCUGGGAGUCACGGGAGGCUAAAACCUUCACUGGACUUGACAUCUGGUAAUCAGCGCCUUGUGCGCAACCAUGGUCAUUGAUUCUGAAGCAAAGAUUGCGCGAUAGCGUUGAGUCGAGUUUGAUGAGAUAUCUCGAAUGCUAGUUUGCCCAUCUCUCUCUUAAGACCUGGAAUUGUAUCAUAAUACAAGAAGGAUAUCCACUAAUUAUUACAGAUGCUGACAGUUGACAAUUCAUAUAGACUCUCCAAAGUGAUUUCCAUUAUUUCAACUAAAGAUGAGGCUUGCCCUAUCAGGAAGAGGCGUAGACCGACUACCUGGUCUGCAAUUGUACAUUAGAGCGUCUUUACACCAAAUGAUCCAAAAUUUGUGGUGCUGCUGUGCCCGUAUCUGCAUCUUCUUUUCUGUCUUAUGUGGUUCGGACGCCAUCGAAACUCCCUUGUACAAAAGGAACCUCACAUGAGCGCAACUGAACCAUCCAGUUGUUAUUACCAAAUAUGAACAUCUAUGCAUCUCAUUCCAUGUGACCUGGAAAUUGUACAAAGAUUUGGAUGUUUGAUCAAACUUAAACAUCAUCUAAAGUCGUUCGUCCAUCA